AACCGCUGAAGUGUGAGGAGUGGCCACUCUGAACAUCAGAUACACUCUUUGUGUUUAUCGCCGUGGUGUGAAAACUCAGAGCAGAAGAGGAGGAGAUGCUAGAGACCAGAAUUAUAUCUUUCAAAAACGUCUCUUUUAGCUUUAAUGACUCUUGGACUGGACCAGAUUAUUUACAUGCAACUUUCUCAGGAAGACCCUUCCCGCUGCAUCCAUCAGUAAAUCAUAAGGUUUAGUUGUUGAAACUGAAAAUGACGACCAAUCCGUACCUCGACUCGGGUUCUUGUUUUAUCGGUGAAGACGGGGGGAGGGAACUCCCUCCAGCCGAUCGAUCUGAUGUUCAGCCGCAGUAUGUUCAUCAUCUGGCCCCGAAACCUCCACCUGAGAUCAGUCCCUCCAUCCCCAAACGCAAAGGUGUGAAACAGAGGUGUGUGAGGUUCACUGUGGUCGCUGUGAUCUGCCUGCUGCUGCUCACACUGAUCACUGGGAUCCUCCUGGCUUAUUACUUCUCCUCGCCCUGCGUGCACGGGAGGCAGUGUGGGGACGGCAGCUGUGUGUGGGAGUCUCAGUGGUGUGACGGGGUGAAGGACUGCCCUGCAGGCCAGGACGAAGCAAGCUGUGUGCGGCUGCAUGGCUCCAGCUUCCUGCUGCAGGUCUACUGGACUCAGGGUAAGAACUGGAGGAGCGUUUGUUCUCAGGGCUGGAGCGAGCAGCAGGGCAGAGCCAGCUGCCAGGACGUCGGAUACAGCAGGGGCACAUACUUUAAAUCAGGCCACCAGCAGACUGACGCUGAUGAUGGAUUCUUAAUAUUAAAGACUGACCUUAACCCUGAAUCACCCAUAAUGCAUCAGCUCGUGCUCAGCAAAACCUGUCCCAACAACAGUGUGGUGACAUUGCAUUGCACUGACUGUGGGAGGGGGGUGAACUCCAGCAGGGCCUCAGGUGUGCAGCAGGCCUCUCCAGGGGCCUGGCCCUGGCAGGUCAGCCUGAGGGUCGGGGGCUCCCACCGCUGUGGAGGAGCCGUCAUCUCCCCCUACUGGAUCCUCACUGCAGCACACUGUGUGGCAUGGACCUCUGGUGCUGCAGACUGGCUGGUGUAUGCUGGAGUCGUGCGUCCUUCAGACACUCUGUUUAACCCUGCUUACACUGUGAGCCGCAUCAUAACCCACGAAGGCUUCAACAGCAUCACGCACAGCAACGACAUCGCUCUGAUGAGGCUCUCCAAACCCCUGCACAUCACAGCCUCCAGUGAUAUCGGAGCUGUGUGCCUCCCAAACGUUGGUGUUUACGUCUCUGCUCCUCAGAAAGGCUGGAUAACAGAGUUUAGUCGCACCGUAAACACAGGCGCUCCUCACCUGAUGGAGGCUCAGGUUUCUCUUGUUGAUGCUGCAAACUGCAACCGCUCCGUCUCUUACAAUGGGAGGAUAACUCAGGACAUGCUCUGUGCCACAGAAGCAGACGAAGGAAUCAACAUGUGCCACACUGACAGCGGCGGCCCUAUGGUGUCCCUGAAAGACGGAGUAUGGUGGCUCAUAGGGGACAAUAUUUGGGGGGAACACUGCAACGAGCAGAACAGACCAAGAGUUUAUGGCAGCGUCACCUACUUCCUGGACUGGAUUUAUCAUCAGAUGAAGAAGCAUCAAGAUGGCUGAUAACGGAACCAACGACUUCAGAUUCCUUUUUUUUUUUUUACAGAGAAACAUAACUUAUUGUCUAUAUAUUCCUUUUAUCGGUUGCUGUUCAUUCAUAAUUUAAUGCAGAAUGUUUUGCUCAAAUACAUGUCAGAAGCUCAAAUUCA